ACUGCUCCCUAAUAAACGUGUGGACCUCAGUCCUCUUUAAAUGAAAAUGACACUUGAAGCAAUAAAGUAUCGCAGAGGACAGCUGGACAUUCUGGAUCAGUUACUGUUGCCCUCCCAGUCGGUGUAUAUAUCGGUGAAUGACACCAAAGAUGCAUGGAAUGCAAUUAAGAAAAUGCAGGUGCGUGGUGCACCAGCUAUAGCUAUUGUUGGUUGUCUGAGUUUAGCUGUGGAGCUGAUUGACACAGAGUUCACAAAUUCAGAUGAUGUUGCCUCAUACGUGGCAUCCAAACUGCAAUAUCUCGUGUCCUCUCGUCCUACUGCUGUCAAUAUGAAGGAAGCUGCUGAUAGGUACACAAGUCUUGUGAAGAAACUUGCCAUGGAAAAUUCUGCUACAGUUGAGAGUGUAAAGAAAAGAAUGGUAGAGGAAUUUGGCAAAUUUUUAAAAGGAUGA